AGCCCAUGAACUCUGCAAAAAAGAAAAGAAAAAGAGAGGAGGUAAGAAGGUAUCAAGUUCCCGCGCGAAGAAGAAGAAUGGGUGAUGAAGAAGAACCCUGGGAAGGUCUUGACAUCGACGACUCCGAUCUCUCCACCUUCCUCCGCCCUUGCAAACGCCACCGCAAAUCUCCUCCUCUCAUUCCCGGUCCCGCUGGCGCCGUCCAGGCCGCCAUGAUUCACCGCAGAUCCUCCGCCGACCAACCCCUCCUUCCCACUCAAGAAUUCGUCAGGCGCGUUCUCCAAAACGGCCACGACACCGAUCCCGAUUUCCUCUCCAAUUCCUGGGUUUGUGCCUUGCAAUUUGUUGCGUCCGCUACCCCUCUGGGCUCUAUCAAGAAGCAUCGAAGAGUUGCUCAGGUCGCCGCUGUUGUCAAAUCCUGCAAUCCCAAUGGUUUCGGAGACAUGACGGUUACCCUCAAGGAUCCUACCGGCACUGUUGGUGCUAGUAUCCAUCGUAAGGUCUUCACUGAAAGCCAAUUUGGAAAAGACAUAACUGUUGGUUCUGUUCUGCUUCUCCAAAAGGUUGCUGUGUUUUCUCCUUCACGCUCUACUUGUUAUCUCAAUAUAACAUUGCCCAACAUACUCAAGGUCUUUUCAAAGGACAGUGGACCUCCAUCAGGACAGGUUUAUCCUGCAAGCUCAGACAACCACACUGCAUCUGGACUAGGAAGACAUGAAAAGUCAGGCAGUACAUUCUCUCUGCCACAGGAAAGGACUGGAGGAACCAUGACUAAAUCAAGUUUUAGACAAGAAGCAGAUGUUGGUAAACAAUGGGAUGAAAUUUUGGUGUUAACUAGUUCUGACUCUGACAAUGGUACUGAUCGAAACAAAAGAACUGCUAUGGAUAGAGAGAACUUACCAUUGAGUGAGGACUCUUCUAGACCUGUCGAAGUGACCCAUGGUAGCGAACUUGAAGGUGAGAUGGAAGACCAAUCCAACCCUCCUAAAUUGUGUGAAGGAAACAAUCUUGCGGGGGUUGCACCAGGUGGUAUUUCAUCAACAAGCUCGGUUCAUACAUCUGAUAGUCAACAAUCUGUAAUAAAGAAUCACUUGGGAAGUCAGAAGGAGAUUGCAAAUCCAAAAGGUUCAAUCCCUUACUGGACAGAGGAACAGCUUGAUGAGCUUUUAGCAUUUGACUAAGGUUUAAGUUCUUUUUGUCAGAGCAAACCAUAAGAUUUCGUUCAAGAAGAAAAGAACAAAGUAUGAGAUGAUGCUGAUAUACCCAGUUUACACGUAUCUUAGUGGGGCAUUUUAGCUAAUUACAAUGGUGCACGUUUUCUGUAAAUAUUCAUAGAAUACAUUCAGGUCUUUUUGGUGUAUGGAAUCAAAUUUAGAAUUUAGUUUUGGUGGAAUUUAUUUGAGAUGUAUGCUAAAAUUGAGAUUUCAAUUGAGUUUAGUUUCAUGAAGUUGAA